ACGCAACGAAGAAAACAGGAAGUGAGCCGUCAGGGAGCCGGUCUGGGCCUCGUAGUCCUUUUUUUUAGGUGGGGAAUGAAUGAGUUCUAGCCGAUCCCUGGAGAGGCGGGACUCGGGCUCUGAGGCGUGGGUAGCUGGGCAGGCAGAGUAUAAUGGAAGACGACGCCCCGGUGAUUUACGGGCUGGAAUUCCAGGCACGUGCUCUAACACCUCAAACUGCGGAAACAGAUGCCAUUCGCUUCUUGGUUGGGACGCAGUCUCUUAAAUAUGAUAAUCAGAUCCACAUCAUAGACUUUGAUGACGAAAAUAACAUUAUAAAUAAAAAUGUCCUUCUCCAUCAAGCGGGUGAGAUCUGGCACAUCAGUGCCAGCCCGGCAGAUAAAGGUGUGCUGGCUACCUGCUACAACAAAACUUCAGACAGUCGAGUCCAGGCGUGUGCAGCUGUGUGGAGGAUGCCCAAGGAACUAGAGUCCGGAAGCCACGAGUCCCCUGACGACCCUGCAAGCACUGCUCAGACCCUGGAGCUGCUCUGUCACCUUGACAACACGGCCCAAGGCAACGUGGCCUGUGUCGUGUGGGAACCGAUGGGGGAUGGGAAGAAGGUCAUUUCCCUGGCCGACAGCCACAUCCUGCUAUGGGACCUCCAGCCCAGCUCAAGCCAGGCUGUGAUCUUUCUUUUCUCCUUCGAACAAUGCCCAUCAUACCAGCUGGCCAGCUCAGCAGCACUGGAAGGAAGGGGGCAGCUGAAGUUUACUGCGGGGCGGUGGAGCCCACACCACAACUGUACCCAGGUGGCUACAGCAAGUGACACUACCCUUCGAGGAUGGGACACACGGAGCAUGAGUCAGAUAUACUGCAUAGAGAACGCUCAUGGGCAGCUGGUGCGUGACCUAGACUUCAACCCCAACAAGCAGUAUUACCUCGCCAGCUGCGGAGAUGACUGCAAGGUGAAGUUCUGGGACACGCGGAAUGUCACUGAGCCUGUGAAGACCCUGGAGGAGCACUCCCACUGGGUGUGGAGCGUGCGCUACAACCACUCUCACGACCAGCUGGUCCUCACUGGCAGCAGCGACAGCAGAGUCAUCCUAUCCAACAUGGUGUCUAUCUCCUCAGAGCCCUUUGGCCACCUGGUGGACGAUGAUGACGUCAGUGACCCAGAGGAGCACCAUGCUGAGAAGAGUAAGGAACCCCUGCAGGACAACGUUAUUGCCACCUAUGAGGAGCAUGAAGACAGCGUGUAUGCUGUGGACUGGGCCUCCGCUGACCCGUGGCUAUUUGCUUCCCUGAGUUAUGACGGGAGACUGGUUAUCAACAGAGUUCCCAGGGCACUGAAGUACCACAUACUGCUCUAGUGGCCAUGGACUGCUGCUUGGUUCUUGGCAAAUUCUCAGAAGUCUGCAGCUACGAGGUAAUUCCCUUCACGGGCAGAUCCCUCCUCGGGAGACCCAGCAUCUACAGGAGCUCUAAGGGACACGGAGCUCUGCCAGCAGCUCAUCUGAUGCUGUCCGCACACGGCUCAGCAUGGGAGGGAGCCAGACUGGACCCAGCUGUCCCCGUGUGAACUGAUGGUUGCCCAGCCUCUCGUCUUUCCGGGUUCUGUUUUAAGGGUGUUGGGAGUUUAACUUUUCCCCAGUGUCUCCACUUCCUGUUGUCGUGAGAUUACAAGCUGAAAUAAAGUCAGUGGAUGUGCUUCCUCCUUUUAGGCUCCCUGCCCUCUGAGGAAAUCA